AUGGGCGUUCCAUUCAAAAUUCUUGAUUGGAAAGCAAAAGUAGCCAACAAAAGAGAAUCUUUAAAAAUCCCUUCUCAAUGGAGACUUGAUUCACGUUAUCUAGACCUCAUUAAUGAGUCGUCUACAGUAUCUGUAACGAAUGUUCCAAGAGAAUGUGGUAUUUUGACACAAAAAGAGUUGGAAAUCACAGAAAUUAAAGCGUCUUGCUUAUUAAAGUUGUUAAUUUCUGGUAAAUUAUCGAGUUAUGAAGUAACAUUGGCUUUCUGCAAAAGAGCAGCUAUAGCACAUCAACUAACUAAUUGCUUGGCUGAAUUUUUUCCAGAAGAAGGCCUUCAAUUAGCCAGAGAAAUAGAUGAAAUAUUUAUAAGAUCUGGGAAGCCAGUGGGAAGGUUGCAUGGUUUGCCAAUUUCUUUCAAAGAAAUUUUCAAUAUAUCAAAUCAUGAAACCACUUUUGCAUACGUCUCCUAUAUUGGCAAUAUUAAAAAUGAAGACGGCCUUGUUGUAAAAUGCAUCAAAGCAGCAGGAGGGGUCCCUUUUUGUAAAACUAAUAUAUCCCAAGGAUGUUUGAUUGUUGAAGGUAUGAAUAAUGUCUUCGGUACGUGUUUGAAUCCUAACAACUUAUCUUUAACAGCAGCAGGUAGCAGUUCGGGAGAAGGUGCCUUGGUUAGAAUGAAAGGUUCUCCUUUAGGAAUUGGAACAGAUGCUGGCGGAAGUAUUAGGCUUCCAGCUCAUUCUAAUGGUGUUUUUGGGUUUAUGCCAUCCACAAACAGAAUUACCAACUCAGGCAUCGGUGAUGGCGCAGGGCCACUUACUUGGGUGCUGUCUCAAAUUGGACCUCUAACAAACGAUGUAAAGAUGAUUGAAACUUGGUUCAAAGCAAUGUUGGAUUAUAAGAUGGAGGAUUAUGAUUCAUUUUGCUACAAGGUUCCCUGGUGUGAUGUUGACCUUCGUAACCAAAGAUUGGUAAUAGGUGUAAUUUUUCAAGAUAAUGUGGUUGAGACAACACCAGCAAUGCUCAGAUGCUUGCAAGAGGUCGUGCUGAAAAUGAAGAGGGCUGGUCACUUGAUUAUAGAAAUUGAUGUUGGUGAGUUACACAGAAAGAUUACUGAGACAGUAUUUCAAAUGUAUGUAAGUACUGGUAUUCCAUCUUAUCGUAAUGCAAUUGAGGCUAGCGGGGAGCCAUGUAUUGCACGCUGCUGUGGCUCUGAAUGUAAAAGUGCAAUGAGUUUGCAGCAGGUUUACUCUUUAGAUACUCAAGCUAGAAAAUUAUGUGAAGAAUACCUUCAGAAUGUAUUCACAAAGAAUAAUCUACAUGUGCUUCUCACACCUUCGUCACCAAAUCCCCCAGCUCCACAUGGGAAGUACUCGACCAAUUCUCUAAGUGCUGUUUAUAAUUGUUUAGGUUAUCCUGCCGGUGUCGUACCCACAGGUUUUGUCAUUCCAGAAAAGGACAAACCAACUGAAAUGUAUCUCUCUAGCGGGGUUCAUCCAGACCUUGAUAUUUUAGAAUUGUUCCCUUACGAUUACUACGACAAGUACGUGAAAGAGGAACUAUAUACUGACAUAAAUAAGUUCAAGAAUGCGCCACUUAGCAUCCAGAUUGUUGGUAGAAAAUUUACUGAUGAAUUUGUGAUCAAAGUGAUGGAACUCAUUGCUGAACUUUUCUGA